AUGAGGUACGAUUUCCAGUUGCUUUACGUCCCGAGAAAAAACUUGAUCGUCCCCCACGUGCUAUCACGGGCCCAUGGAAAUAACUCAGAGUCCGCCCAUGUGGCCUGCAAUGACGUCGAAGUCCAUGCUAUCGAGACUCGCAAGAGCCUUGUUAGUGAAGCAACAGCAGCACGAAUAGCCCUUGAAACUACGGACUCCACACUGCGUAACAUUAUGGAGCAACUGGAAAACCACCAACCCAUCAUGGGAGAGUUAAAGACAGUGCAGUCUGAACUGACCAUGGUUGACGGGCUUCUGUUGAAAGGUACGAAGGCUGUAAUACCGACAAGCAUGAGAUCAGAGAUGCUUCAGCGAAUUCAUGAUGGACACCUCGGUAUUAAUAAAUGCUGGACAAGGCCUCGCCAGCUGGUAUUUUGGCCCGGUCUCAGCAGAGACAUAAAGUCACUGAUCAAACGAUGUGCCACCUGCCAGGAGUUCUCUUACCAGCAGGCCCAGGAACCAUUUGUAAUGAGACAAGUACCCUACCGUCCAUGGCAACGAAUUGGAGUCGACUUGUGCCAGUACACCAGAAACUCUUUUCUAGUUGCCUACGAUGCGUACUCUAACUUCCCGGAAGUUGAACAGCUAGACAACACGAGUGCACACGCCGUGGUGGAAAAAAACUAG